UAGCUAGGAGACAUACACCAAACGUCCCCCUGAACAUUGAAAUAUUUAAUCACAAAUCUCAUAUCAUGACAACGAACGUGAGAUAUCCACAAUGACCGAGAGACGGAAAGAAGUCUCCCCCAAGGAAAAUUCAACAUUGGGCAACAUCGUUGUUGAUGAGUUUGCCUGGGACUUUAUGGUUGCCACCUUCGACGGAGAGUUAUACAGCAUUAUGGUAGAGACUGCGGCUCAAGCUUUCCUUAUUGGAAUCGCUGUAGCCAUCGCAAGGAAAUGCCUGAUACGCGGCCUCACUGGAACAGCGGAGCACGCUUUUUACUGCAUCCUGGGACUUUUUCUAGCCGCUGGCGAGGCACUGCUGAUUAGACACAGCUGGUGGCUGGUCCGAACGAUUGGGAUGCCCAGUCUGGAUCUGAUGCACAGCGCUCUAGGCCUGCUGGGGUUCUGGAGCGGAUGCAUUGGGGUGCUGCCCAAGUUUCGGCAGUGGUGCGAGCUGAAGCGACGGCAUGGACACACGUCGUGCAACUGCAUCGAACACUGUUUGACCAAGCAUGGAUUCUGCGGCCUGAUGAGUCUUCUCCUAACCUUAGGCUGUCUUUUAUCGGGUUUGGCCCUGCUUGGGAUCAGCAAUCUUGCCCUCCAAUUGUCGCACCGCAUUUUCGGUCUUUUGGGCUUUCUUUGCUCGGUCUGCAGUCAAUGGUUUGCCUACAACUCGGGGUUUGCUCGACGAGAGUGGCGCGAGCAACAGAUCAACCUAUUUAAGCUGGGAACUCUAGCCACCAUCAUUACGGUGGUCCACUAUGAGCUCUGGAGUCUUGCGAGGGACAUUGUUCAGCUCAUGCCCAAUGCGACACUUGAGGCGAUUGGCGUAAUGGCAGACGAGUCAUCAUGAAUCACCACCUCAGUCCGUUAAUGGGUCCCAGCUGGUUUGAAAACUCGUGGUUCAAGGUUGUUCAGAGAAGUGAAUAUGUCGAAAUGAAAAACAAGUAGUGAUUGUGCGCUUUAAUUUGUCUAUUUGAUUCGAAUAUUAUGUACCUAUGUACAUGUUUCUACUCUAUGGUAAGCUGGCUAAAAUGCGACUUAAAAUGUUAGGCAUUGCAUUAGACGAAGAUCAUAAGCAUACAAAUAUAUACAUAUGUAUGUACAUGUACUACAUUCACAAACAGAGCAUA